CUGGAUUCCAACGCAACAUUUCUCUAUUGCGCUACUUCACUCUGAAGGUUUAGAUUUAUGUCUUUAUCUCUAGAUGACAAGCUCUUGGGGGAAAAGGUCCACAACUACUGUAGUAGUAGCAGUGAAGAUGAAGAAGAAAUUGAAGAUAGUGGAGAAGAAGAGGGGACACUAAAUAAUACUCCCGAGCUUGUGAAUCCACCCAUAAUAGGAAAUCCAAACUGUCCUCAGACUGGACCUAAAGGCGUUGUUUCUGACUACAAGCAGUUCAAAAAAUUGGAAAGGGAAAAGGCUGCUGAGAAGGAGAAGAAAAUCUUAGAGUAUGCAAAGAAACAUUCUCUCAGCUGUAGACCUUAUAGUGAAGAUGUUAAGGAAAAAGAGAAAGAGAAGGAUGUAUUAAAAUCAUCAGAUGACGAUAGUGAUGAUGAGUUUUUGAUACAAUAUAGACAAAAUAGGAUGAAUGAACUUAAGCGCGCUAGAGAAUGUUUGCCUACUUUUAAUAAAAUUUAUGAUCUAACGAUUGACACAUUUGUUAGAGAGAUUGAUGACACACACAAGGAUACAACUGUCGUUGUCUACAUAUAUGAAAACGGUAAUACAUCUUGCUCAAAAGUGAAUGUUUGCUUGGACACAAUAUUCCAGGAAUAUCCACAUGUAAAGUUCUGCAGAAUAAGAGCUUCUGAUGCCCGUCUCAGUUACAAGUUUGUAAGUUGUUGCUUGAUGUUUUGAAUAGCCGUUAUUUACGUUUGUUUUUUGUUUUCACUUCUGUGGAUGUGAUGUUUUCUAGUGUUCAGGAGUGACUGUUAUUUGUUCGCUAAUUAUUGGCGCAUUUAUUAUCUUUGAGUAUUUCUUUAUCUGGUUAUCUUCGAUAAGUUGAGAUAUGACAAGUUCACUAAGAGGAGUAUUUCCUUCAAAGAUAAAAAGUACUUUCUGAUAAGAAUAGUUUUGUAAUAGCCAUCGGCAUAGAUGAACAUUCACUAAUCACUUCGAUGUGUGUACUUUUGACAUCGGUAAAAAUAUAAAUAUAUAUAAAAUAUCAAACUCCCAAGUUUCUUUGAACUCAGUGUUUCAAUCUGUCACAUUCCUGUUCUACAGGAGGACUUAUAGAUCUAAAUCCUAAAUCUUAGUCCAUUUAUAUGUAAUAAGACCACGUCGUAUUAAAAACAUUUCAGUGUCUACUGAAUCCCAUUUGACUACCAGUGGCAUGUAACAUAAAAGUAUAUAAAGUAUUUGUUUUCUCAAUGACUUCCGACUACUUCUAAUGUUUCACUAGUUUUCUAGAUCUUGAUGAAGUCAUUAAUUUCUGAUACAUUUUGACCCACAGUUUUCAACCUCUUUUUCACAGUCUCAUCAUGGCGUUCCUGCUAUU